CUGGAGCACAUUCAUCUCUGUCUCCACUGACCUUGAUGUCUGCCAAGUUGUUCCUCUCACAUGUUCUCACUCUGCUCUUCUCCAGCUGCAAUUACAUCUGCGCAAUAACUUUUUCUUCCCUCUUAAACAGGUUAUCACUGAGGCAUUGCCACCAUUUCUCAUGGGCUUGGCCUUCACCAGCGGUGCACCCCGUCUCGGAGCCAGCUGGCUGUGACUCUGCCAGACAUAGGAGAUGUUUCUGGCAGCUUCUCACAGAAGUCACCCAAUUGUCCCCCUGCUACCAAAACCUGGUUGCACAAACCCAAUGCUGGAGAGAGGCCUGGAGCUGGAGUUCUGGUGAAAUGUGGGAAGUGGAUGUGCAUUGGUAUAAAUGUCAAACGUGCAGCAGGCUGUGAGAUGUCCCUCCCCGAACUUGGGAGGAGUCAAAUGUGAAGAUUCACAGGGAUUUUUCUGACAUUUAUGUAGUUCUAGGGAAAUGGGGCUGGGUUUUGCCCCCUUUUAUUUUUUUUGAAGGCUGAAGCUCCAGGAAGAUUGAAGGAUUUGCCUCAUCCACUCACAUGCCAGCAAGUGCUAAACCUGAAACAGCCCAUUAAAAACAUUAUUUCCUCCUUCACAGAAUGUGUGCCAGAAUUUUCCCUUUAGGGGCUAAUUUUGUAUUGUCCUCAUUCGAGGCAAGGAAAUUAACAGGAAAAAAAUCUUUUCCACCUCUAUCCCUGGAGAUGGCUGCGAUCUGAUAAUAGGUUAUUCUGCUAUUUCCUUCCCUCCUGAGACUUGCAGCUGGGAAGUCACAGCUGUUCCAAGACAAAGUGUGGAAAAGUGCCCUCCUUGUUUUCUCCUGUGCACGUGCCGUCGUUGGCUUCCACACAGCAGAUGAGGAAGUCCAUUGUAGGAUUAGUCUGUGGAGGUGUUUGGAUUUCUCCGCAGUAAUUUAGGCAGUCCAUGGUGUGAAUUGUACCCAUUUUGUACUGAAAUGGGCAAAUUCUUCCAAAACAACGCUUAGUAGCUUGAUCUAAUGUCUUUUACUAGAGUACAGAGACAAUUCCAGAAAGCAAGGGGAAGUCUAAAUGGGCAACAAAUGAAGGGGAGUUCUUUAUCAUUUAGCCACUUAUUCCUAGCUGUAUUUUUGUUUUUCAAACAUGCUAAAAGGAUCUCUUAAAUGAAGCAGGGCUUACACAGAAUGUCAUGUUGGUUUUGCUUAUAUUUGCACUAUCUGUACAGCUGGUUCAUUGGAGCAUGCAAGAAAAUAUGUGCUUUAAAUUUAAAACUACAGGAUGGUCAUAUAGUCUCUAAAAAUGUGGAUUGUGGCUGCAAAAUGCCUUUCUUUAAAAUUAAGGCUGUUAAGAUGCAAGAAGUCUUUUUCUUACAAGUACAUGGUUAAUUUUCACGUGGAAAGUACAGCCGAAGAGUGAAAUACUCCUGCGUCGAGAACUUUUUAAGAUUUCAGCAGAUCUCCUCUGACUCCUUUCCCGUGUGUUUUCUAGCAGCCUUUAGGCACUCCAUGCACCAUCCGUUGCUUUUCUUCAGCUCGUCCAUCUGUGUUUUUAAGGAAUAUUGCCGACGCCGAUCCUCGCGCGGCGGAGGGCGGGCGGGGCUCGGCGCGGCUCCGGGCCGCCUCCCGCUCGCCGCUCUCUUUCCUGCUGCCGCUGCCAGGAAGUUGGAGACGGGGUAGUCAUUCUCCGCGCUGCUCCGGCCGGCGCUGGGUAGGGCUCGGGAGGCUUCCUCUGGGCGUGAGGGACCCUGCCACGGGGAUGUAGCGGGCCGCGGAGCCAUGCGCAGCCCGGCGCUGCCCCGCACCUCGCUGCGGACGGUUAUUCUAAUAUUUGUCUGUGUGUUGACAAAGGAAUCUGUAGAAAUUACUCCAGUGCCAUAUAGACUGCAAGUCCGUCAGGUAGCUUUGGAUGGAAGAGACCCCUCUAACCCUUUGAGGAGAGAAAAGAAACAGAUGCACUGUCAACUGGGACAAUACCUACACCCCAGAAAGACCCACUGCUGCAUGAGGUGUCAUGCAGGUACCUACAAGGCAAAAGACUGUGAUGGGCCUGACCAGGCAACUGUCUGUCUUCCGUGCAGCAAUGGCACAUUCACAGCUGUUGAUAACACCAUGUCCAAAUGCUUCCAGUGCAAACGUUGCCGUACAGCACUCCAGCAGAUAGUAGAGACCCCAUGCACCCCAAAGCAAGAUACUGUAUGUGGCUGUCAGAAGAAUCAGUAUCAGAUUGAUUCUGAUUCUGAAUACUUCCAGUGUAGGAACUGCAGCUCGUGUGCUGAUGGGACUAUUGCCAGCUGUUCAAAGAACAAAGAUGCCAUUUGCAGGUGUAAGCCUCAAUUCUUCCUGUCACGUAAUAAUAUUUGCAAGCCUUGUAACAGCUGCACUGGAGAAGACUGCUUGCUGUGUCCUAGCCCAGUCACUACCUCACCGACUUCAUCUGGGCUGAAUGGAAACCUUGUACUUGGCACGCUUGUUGCAAUAUUUGGAGUUAUCUUCGUCCUCUGCGUUGCACGUAAAGUAGGGAAGCUGGUCCAGAAAGAUAAGAUAGUGUCAUCUUUCUACUCCUGUGUUUCUUUGCCACAGACACCCAAGGAGCCAGUAUCAGAGGUUGAGAAAAAAAGAAAUAAAAUUUCCACCCUUAUUCCUGAGUCCCAGAAGGAAACAGAAUUGCCAUUAAAUGCAGCCCUAUCAUCUAUACCUCCGCCUCAGAGUUCACAUGAGUUACCAGACUGUGUCAGACCUGCCAGGAAGACACAGCUUCCAGACAACCCUGCUGUUCUGUACGCUGUGGUGGACCACGUGCCGCCGUCGCGGUGGAAAGAGUUUGUGCGGCGCCUGGGCCUGAGUGACUACGACCUGGAGCGGAUUGAGCUGGAGCACCGGCGCCUGCGAGACGCCCAGUAUGAAAUGCUCCGCCUGUGGAAACUGCAGACGGGCCAUGCUGCCACUCUGGAGCACAUCGGCCGUGUUCUCAACCAGAUGGAGCUCAGUGGCUGCAGUGAUGCUGUUCAAGAAUCUUUGCUAAACCAGAACUCUCCUCAACCUUGCAGCCUCCACAACCAUCUUUAAUCUAUUUCUGCUUUAGCUGCCUUUGAAUCUUAAGAGGGGAUCAUAGCUCUCUUUCUUUCCCUGUAUCUCCCCAUCUUUGUAACACUUGUCAGCUGGUUUUGUUGGAGACAGCAGCAGGUUAUGCUGGAGAAAGGCUGAGGUUUGCUUCUUAACCACCAUGUAGUUCAACCUUUAAGCCACAGCAGACCUCUGCAACACCUCCUUUCCCUAGGAGGGGAAGCACCUCAUAAAGGAAGUGGUGUGUGAACUCUGACCAAGGUGCAAAUAGUAGCUCUGAAUGACUUGAUUGUAGAUCAGCUUCUAUGGACAAGUUGUUGCUGAAACAGGUGCUCCACCCAUCGUGUGGUGGGUAGACUUGUAGGGUACUUUCGUUAAGCUGAUUCUUCGGAUGUUAAAGUACUCACUCACUUCUUGCAGAUUUAUUGUCCUGCGAGAUCAACCAGUUGAAGUGGCUCAUAUUGCAGCCUUUUGAUUGCUAAAUCUGACUCAGAGGAAGUGGUGGGAGGAUGUGCCUGUUUCUGGGAGCAGGAGAUGAUUGCCCUCUCUCGGUGUCAACCAGUAGCAACUAGUAGCUAUCACUGUAGCAAAAGACUCCUGGAGAUUCAGAACUGGUUCUCUCUGCAAGAAACAGGAGAACAUCAUCCUUUCCACACCGUGUCCCUCAGGUUCUAGAGGAGUAAGGAUUCCAAGCCGGUGAGUCAGACGAAAGGGUUGGGGCUUUUUUCCUCAAGGUUUUUUUUUUUUUUUUUUUUUUUUUUUUUUUUUUUUUUUCUGUAUCUAGAAACCAUGUAAAUUAGCAUUAACAAAACACCUGCCUGUGUGUUUGUCCAAGUAUAGGGUGGCAAGGAGUGUGUGCAUCUGCCUGGGUGAGGUGGUACCUAUGUGUGAACACAGGUAGCCUGAGCACCUCUGCAAAUCUGUGCUUGCACACAGGCUGGUAGGCUUGUGUCUACCUGCUUAUCUACAUAUGGAAGAUUCGAUGAAUCUAACUGCAAAUGGGACUGUAUAGAUAUUUUAGCAACUGCUGAGUAACUUCACACUACUUCCUGGACUGCAUUCUGUGAUUGCUGUGGGAGCCAUUUGGUACCAUCUACAAGCUCUCCCCAUCACUUUCUCCCUAGAAUUACCCUGGGAGAGCCAGAUGUAGAAAAAUUCAAUUAGCCUGCACCAGGUGCAGGUUGCCACAUGUUUGUAAAUGGGUUUUUUCAGUCUCUAAUCCCUUGACCAGAGAGGAAAUUUAUAUUGUAAAUACACUAAAUGUUCUGAAUUAAAGUGAAUAUUUUUACCU